UUACAUCUCAGACCUCCCCCUUUUGCUUUGUGUGAAGCUUAUAUGCGUAAAAUCGGAAACACUGCAUACGAGAGUAGCAAACGCGGUGUGUUGGUGUGUCUCAACUUCCUUUUCAGCUGCAAACCCCAGAUCAAGAGGCUCAGCAGAACACAAGGAAGGAAACCCUCUCGAGCCAUAUUCUCAUUUUGCUGGACUGCUCAUUUUGACUGACAUGUCAAACCCAGUCAUCACUCAGCCCGGUGCUGGAUCAUACGGUACAAAUGUGCAGACUGGAGAGUGGAGCACCGGUCUUUGUUCUUGCUGCAGUGACCUACUUGUCUGUGGCCUUGGCUUCAUCUGUCCGAUAGCUCUCAGCUGUUACACAGCAAACAAGUACGGUGAGAAUGUAUGUCUAGCAUGUGUACCUGGAGGAAUGGCUGCAAUGAGGACACACAUGCGACUGACCUAUGGCAUACAGGGCACAAUAUGCAAUGAUGCUUUGAUGACCUGUUGCUGUGGAAUAUUUGAAACAUGUCGAAUGGCCAGAGAAAUCCGUAUCAGGAAUGGAGAGACCUAGUGGAUCCAUUUUACUAAUUUCAGUCUUAAGAUUCUUUUAUAAUUUUUAAAAAGCCAAAUUGUCAUUUAAAUCAAUGUGUCAUUUAUUAAUAUAUUUAUUGAUUAUUAAAGCCAGGAGAAUUCAAACCAGUACAGCAUUCAUAAACAUACAUUUUUGGAAAUACAAAAGCCUGACCAAUACUGUUUACUUAGUCAUAAAGUAGAGUGUUACAUAAACGCAUCUUAAAAGUCUUGAAUUUGUGUUAAUUCUUGCAAUAUUCAUUUAUACAUUGUAUGUGCUAACAAUUUUCCUGUGAUGCUCGAAUUGUGUCAAUCUGCAGCAUUAAUAUGUUACUGUACAGGAACUGUGUGUCAUAUUUAACAACUACCCAAACACAGUAGGCUGUAAAUGGAAAUAUUAAUUCAUACAACCAAUCAUAAAAUAAAAAACAAUAACAAAG